GAAAUGUCAUAGAUUUAUGUUUGUACCGUAUACAAUUUUAUAGCGUUAAAUGCAUAUUAACUUUAACUAUUGAAUUAACAAAGCAUAUUUAAUAAGAUUUAAGUAUGUCUUUCGCUUUAUCUAUGGGCCUGUCGCUCGAGCCGUCGGAUACAUCGGACGAUGAACCGCAAAAAACCGAAGGCCCUAAUCUGAAUUCGGACGAUCCGGAGCAGAGGAAACUCUUCAGGGCGUUGCGCAUACAAAGGAGACAGGGAAAAUGGGACGCCGAAGAAUUCGUGGAAGUCGCCGAAUCCAAAACCGCUUACGAGCUGCAAAAAGAAAAGUCCGCCAAUGUGAUCGGUAAGCACGUGGUAGCGGCGGAACGGGACCUGCUCGACGUGAACAUUCGCAACAACGUGGUCGAGGUGGCCAGAAGGCAAGAGGAAACCAUCAACGCCAACAGGAGGAUCGAUAAACUGGAGGCGGACGCGGCCAAGGCGAAGAGCCACUUCGAUUCCAUCGUACAGAAAUGGGACGAUUUGCAGGUGCUCGGCGAUCCUCUUCAAAUACACCAAUCCAUCACCGCGUUGAAGAAAGAAUGCGAUGCGCUGAUGGCGCAUAGAGAUGUUACCAUCAAUAUGCUGAAGGAGGAGAUCAACAAAUCGGAGAAGGCCUACGUUUCGUUUCAAGCGAAGAACUCCGACGAAAUUCAGUACAUCUUCAAAAAAGUUGAAAACUACAUCGCCUCUAUGAGAACGUUAUUCAACGUGCAAUUCACCAUCGUGCAGACUACUUUCACUCAUGCUACCAAUGCUUAUAUGCAAGAAAAAAACGACAAUUGGAACGAACUAAACAACGAAAUGAGAAUAGAAUUGGACAACGCCACCACCGAACGCAUAAAUUUCAUGUACAACUUGAACCAAGCCCUCGAAAACAAUUCGAAGGAGUUCCAGGAGCACUACAGGUUAAUCAAAGAGGAGCUCUCCACCGCCGCGAAUACCUGCCAACAGGAAUUGGAAAAUCUAAAAGGAGCCAUACUGUUGAGCUUCGAACAAUUCGAAUACAACCUGCAGAUACUGGAGACGCGCUUCGUCGAAAACCGAUUCGUACGAGCCGAUCGCAAGAGAAGGAUCACCCAGCUGCAGCAGGACAUAUCCACAUUGAGGAAGACCAUCGAUACCUACAAAACCACGACGGAGGAUCGCAUCCACAAAUACGAGGACGAGUUGAAGACGCUGCACCAGCACAUCCUGGACAUCGAGCUGAAGGCCGAUAACAUCGCCACGGGCAACGACAAGGUGUUCCACGAGGUUUGGAACAUGGGCAUGAAGAAUUCCAAGAACCUGCUGCGCGACAUAUCGCGCAUCGACAAGGUCCUCUACGAGCAGCAGCUGGCGUUGCCGUGGGAGUGGGCGGAAGGCGUGUCGCUGGAGAUGGCGUCGUUGCCGAGCUUCAAAAGCGCCAUGAACGUGCUGGGCAUCGUGAAGGACAAAAUCCGUCGGACCAUCGGCGAUUUGAGCCACGAACCGGCGACGCCGAAAAUAAACAAAUCGUUGCUGAAGAGAAUCUUGGUCAUCACGUCGGACAAGACCGGCUUUCUCACCGAGCAAAAGAUGAAGGAGAUCACGGGGGCUCAAUCCAGACAGGACACCAGCUUGGUGCGAUUGGAGAACGUGUUUCAAUCGAUGAAUAUCCGAAAGGAAGAAGAUAUGACCGCGUUGUUUCAGUUCUUUUUGCCUUACACUGUCUGCUUGAAUUGUACCAAGGAACCGGAAAUGGCCGAGGAUAACGUGUCGCAGAUUUUAUCGCAACGGUACUCGUUCGCUACUUCUGGAGGAGAUUUCGAAAUGCCAUUUGAAUAUGUCCACCUUAUGGAAGCGAUGUACAAAACGACCCACACCAGAGAAUCCAUAGAAGACAUGGUGAUUGACGUAGUUACAUCCGACGUGGACAUUCACGAAUGUUACCAACCAUCAGUUGAAUUAGUAGACAUCUCGAAAUUCGACAGGGACGCCAACGUAUCGCAAAGGAAAUCGUCCAAAAUCAAGAGAAGCCAAUUCGCCGCGUUCGCCGAUAAGCAAUCCUUCCACUUCGAUCACACUCUCGUCAUCAGCAGCAUUUACGUCAUCAAAGCUCUGCUGGAUUUCCUCGAAAACUGCGCCGGCACGUCCGAAUACGUACCCACCAACGGCGAAAGGUUGAGGAAGAAACGCCUCACCGUCUCCCGCUUGCUGAAAGACGAAGACAUCAAGGUGUUCUGGGAGAACGUGAGGAAUUGGUACGGCGAACGGUCCACUUACUAUCAAGUGUGGAAAGGCCUCAGCUACGGCCUCACUUACUACUCGGACGUGCUGAAGAAGAGGAAACGGCUCUCCGAGGAGGUGAUUGAGCUGCGCGAGGAGAACCAACGGCUGAAGAGGAAACUCGAAUUGUACAAGGUCGGGCACCAGGUGCUGCCUCCUAUCUGCGGUUCCAUCAAACAACCGCUCUUCGUUUACCAGAGAUCGAUUAGACGAUGAGGUAUUGUAAAUUAUAAAUGCUGUAGUAUGUAUACUAAUUUAUCUAUUGAUAAUGGUGUAAUGAGGUGAUUAUAUUAUUGGAUUAAAGGAGGUAAAAGACAA